GGUAAAGAGGAAAGAGAAUGGAAAUGCUGACGGCCAGCUGGCGGCGAGUCAGUCGGCACAAGCCAUCAUUCACGCUUGGAUUGGAGUAUCGGAGCAACCAGUCCGCGAGCAUAUACACAUAUACGUAUUAGGAAUGUAAUCUGUGCCCGAUGACCCAUCCGUUACCUGUGUACGACGCGCUGCAAUUUACAUACUGCCAAAUUUCAUCUAGGAGCGGAAAAGAAGCUAGAGGCGAUCCUUGAGGAAGCGCCAUUGAAGACCUGCGGCAGAACAGGCGUCGGUAAUCGAUGGGUUGAUAACACUCUUUGUGCUAUUCUCUUUUCGUUGUCAGGGUGUGUAGCUUACCUAUGAGCCAUGCUGAAGGUGGUUGGAGCCUCGUGGUGGCAGACGCGCAUUUCCACCUAUAUCCUCGUAGCCGUUGCUCUCAUCGGCAUCGGCGCGAUCAUCCUCAGCGAAUGCGAUUUUUUACACGUUGAAAAAGAUGGAAUCUAUUCGGCUACCGUGUCGUGGAAUCACAAGGGAAGAUAUCAUAUCGAGUUUUGGGGCCAAGGCAACGACCUCGCUAACGUGCAAUUGAAUGUUGCCCGUGCUUAUUACAAGACCAGCAUCUUCGAAUCCGGAUGGUCCAUCAUCGAAAUAGAAACUUCAUCCAAAUAUUCUGACAUCGUGCAAGCUUAUGCGGCCGGUUUGUUGGAAGGUAGCCUAACAUGGCAAUUGAUUUAUCAUCAUUGGCAAAAUACCUUCAACACCAUUUGCGAGAAACGGGCUAUCGAGUGUUGGAAAUUGAUGAAAUUCUUUCGCGAAAACGCCGCCGAGGUUCGCAAACGUGCCGAACUCUUGGCAGCCACGAAUUCAUUUUGGCAUAUGGUGCGAUUGUUUUAUGUUCAAUUGGACGGCUUGGAAGCUGGUUGGAAAUAUGCGGUUCGUCGUAGUCGGCAGACAGUGGAAAUGGACACGGAACAUUUCCUCUGGCUGGCAAUGGCUGCGGAUCUACCGGAUCUUGAGCAAAUGCUAAACAAUUCUAGAAGCAAUUGCACUACAGGCAUGAUUUUUCUUAAAAGUUUACCUCGCGAAGGACUGGAGCCGUUGAUAGCUAUUGGACAUACGACUAUUGCACCAUACGGUAAAAUGCUAAGACUCCUAAAGAAGUAUACUUUUGGCUAUCAUGUAUUGCCGAAAACUUCCGCGCCAGUGCCAGGCAGAUCCAUCAUAAUGUCAUCUUAUCCUGGUGCUCUCUCAUCGCACGACGAGUUUUAUUUAAUUCAAGGUCAAAAUCACGAACUGAUUAUUGCUGGAACGUCGUGGACAAUUGCUAAGCACAGUUUGCGGAAUUUUACGAAUACAAAAAGUCAGGUGAUGUCAUCCGUGAAGGUAAUGGCGGAAAAUCGUUUGAAAACUGAUGGACAAGAUUGGUUUGAUAACAUAUCGCAAAAUGAUGCCGAUAUAGGACGGCAGUGGAUCACUCUAGAACCACGUUUUGGUACUAUCUGGCUUAUCAAGCAACUGCCAGGGAUUAUCCAUAAAACGCGUAUCAGCAAACAGUCUGCUGUCACUGGCGCUCUUUGGAGCACCGGAGACAUCCGAUUGCAUGAAAAUAAUGAGACUAACGAAAAUUCUAACUAUGCGAUAAAGAAUGAGCUAGUCGCGAGAUUGCAAACAAACGUCACUACAAUGGAGCAGUUUAGGAGGCUCAUGCGAGGAUACAAUCACGAGGCACCUACCACCGAGAACGAGGAACAGGCGCGAAUCCAGACUUACAGGGGAGAUCUAGGGAAAGUAGCUCUACCAUUUGGCGUAAUUGAUGCGAAAAUUGUACUGGCCGAUAUCAAUGGUAUAGAGACUUUCGAAGCCAUCUCUGGACCGAGUACGCUAAGCUCCAAGCAGCCCUUCCAAUGGUCGAAGACUUUCCCCAACGUCUCGCAUGUCGGUCAGCCCGAUGUCUUCGAUUUCGAUAGCGUAACUCCUCUGUGGGUUUGGCUCUGAAUCGUCUAUCCUCUAAAGCGACAUUCGAUCAAAUACUUUGAAACUAAAAUUCAUCCGAUGAAAUCUCUGAUUUGAAUGAGUUUUAAUACAAGUCCAAUGUAAAAUUCUUCAUUUGGAUAACUUUUCACAAAUUUGAUGUAACUAACACAAUUUUGAUGUAACUAAUGUAACUAUAGUAAAAUAUCGCAAAAAAAAUAAAUAUAUAUCUAAAGCGCGUAUUUUAUAUUACGCAUGUUUUAUAAAUUCGUACUUUGUUUUCGUAAAUAUAAUAAAAUUAGAAAGAAACAAAAAAAACUUUCAGCUUUUUAGCAAAAUUAUUAUUAAGAUGACUUGUUCGCUUCUUUAAAUCAUUGAUUCAUAAUUUUAACUGAAAAAUAAUAAUGUUAGUAAUGACGAAAAAAAAAGAGACGUAUAGAGGCGUAUAAUUUUUUGAAUUCUAUAAAAAUAGAAAAUUGACAAAUAAAAUGCAAGCAAAGUAAAAUAUUCAAUAAAGAAAUUUAACAUUUAAGUAAAAAUUGCAGAAUUUGAAAAUGAAAAUAAAUUGCGCGAAAUAAUAUUGUCAGCAACUGAUGAUUCAGUGGUUAUGGAUAGAUGAUUCCCGAUUUUCAAUAUUCUUAUUAUGACUCUGAUUUUUUUAACUAAUAAAACAGCUGGUUCAUAUGUCAGCCACGUGCCGUGUGAAA